AUGCCUCAGUUUCCCUUCGCUCGCCACGAGAAAUACAAAUCACCCCAGGAGAAUGAGAAAUCGUGCCACAAUGCUCCUGUAUCCAAAGCCAAGCUCUUCGAUAGAACCGACGUUUGGAUGGUCUGGAAGCAUAAAGACGUGUGCGAAGCGUUGGAGUCGAACAAGCCAUCCGUCGACCGUAGAACUCCUGGGAACCCCAAGAUUCACGAAGGUGGCUGGAACGCUAAAGGUCAAAGACCUAAUGUUGUGAACAUGGAUGACCCGGACCACAAGAAGCAAAGGCGAGAGAUGCGAGGUCCGCACUGGUACAAGCCGAAAGGCCCAGAGUUCCACCAGUCUUCAGAGACUGGUAGCCCUACAAACAGCAAUUUAAAGAAGUAUAUGCACAAGCUGGUAGAGAAGAGGAUCCAGAAACUCCAAGAUGAUCUUGUCAGCAAGCUUGCGACGGAGCAGGGUGUUCUCACACUCUUCUUAUAUCCAGAAGAGCUCGAAGAGCUCAAGGGAGAUCCCUCACUUGCAAAGAAUGUGGUGAAUGAGUGCCUUCGUUACCAGACGGCAUCUGCAUUGAACAGUCGCCGCGCUGCGCUAGAAGAUACUACCAUUGGCGGCAAAGAAUUCCUAGACUCACUGAUUCCGCAGCACACCAAGAAAUGCGAUGGCGUAGUCUGCUCCGUUCGGUCCGCAGACCGCGACGAAGACCCUUACGAGAACACCAACAUACUCGGUGUCCACCGGAAGCAUGUCACGCGAGAUACAGUCGGGGUCGGCUAUGGCCCACAUCGCUGUCAGGGAGAAUAG